GCAAAGCACCCGAUCAUCGAUCUCCUAUUCAUUCAUCGCCGUGCCCCACUUCUACACACAAGCAGCAGCGCCCGGCUUUUAUUCCUCGUGUCUCGUUCUUCUUCUUUGUAGGAUUUGCGAAUACACAUCAUUCACAAUGGCGCAAUCCGGGUACUCGAAUCCGCUGAAGAAGUUCAAGCUUGUGUUUCUGGGCGAGCAGAGCGUGGGCAAGACGUCUCUCAUCACCCGGUUCAUGUACGAUUCGUUUGACAACACCUAUCAAGCGACUAUCGGCAUAGACUUUCUAUCAAAGACAAUGUAUCUCGAAGACCGAACCGUCCGCCUACAGCUCUGGGACACGGCAGGACAAGAACGAUUCCGAUCCCUGAUUCCCUCGUACAUCCGCGACUCUAGUGUAGCCGUUGUCGUGUAUGACAUCACCAACAAGAAGACGUUUGAGAACACGCGCAAAUGGGUCGACGAUGUCCGGGGUGAACGUGGAAACGACGUCAUCAUUGUGCUGGUGGGCAACAAGACGGAUUUGAAUGACAAGCGGGAGGUUACUACGGCGCAAGGCGAAGAGGAGGCAAAGAAAAACAACCUAAUGUUCAUUGAAACAAGCGCAAAGGUGGGCCAUAAUGUAAAGGCCCUGUUCAAGCGGAUUGCGCAAGCGUUGCCGGGCAUGGAGGGCGAAGGACAGCAGGGCCAAAAUCAAAUGAUUGAUGUGAACAUCAACCCGAGCCAACCGCAACAAGAAAACUCGUGCUCAUGUUAGACUACUCAUGGAUCCUCGAGUCCAUUUUAGUUCCUCCGCUUAGAACGUGUUGUAAUUACUUGGGGUUUCUUGCAAGUCAAAACGACUUCAUUGUGAGCAAGGCGUUUCGGGCAUAGGCUGCGUGUUGGGAAACGCUUCUAGUUUAGAGACAAGUAAUCUGUAUUAUACCAACGCGUUAUUGAGCGUAGGAACAGAUGACGUCAGC